AUGGGGCAACAAUCUUUGAUCUAUAGCUUUGUGGCUCGAGGCACCGUGAUUCUUGCCGAGUUCACUGAAUUUUCUGGAAAUUUCACCACCAUUGCCUCUCAGUGCCUCCAAAAGCUUCCUUCUACCAACAACAGAUUCACCUACAAUUGUGAUGGCCACACUUUCAAUUAUCUCGUUGAAAAUGGAUUCACCUACUGUGUGGUGGCUGUUGAAUCUGCCGGUAGACAGCUUCCUAUUGCUUUUCUGGAGCGUGUGAAGGAUGAGUUCAGCAAAAAAUAUGGUGCAGGAAAAGCUGCAACUGCUUCAGCUAAGAGCCUAAACAGAGAAUUUGGGCCAAAACUGAAACAGCAAAUGCAAUACUGUGUUGAUCAUCCUGAAGAGAUCAACAAGCUUGCCAAAGUGAAGGCUCAAGUUUCUGAAGUGAAGGGUGUCAUGAUGGAAAACAUUGAGAAGGUUCUUGAUCGUGGAGAAAAGAUUGAGAUGCUGGUGGAUAAGACUGACAACCUUCGUUCACAGGCACAGGACUUCAGAACACAGGGCACGAAGGUUAAAAGGAAGAUGUGGGUUCAAAAUAUGAAGAUCAAAUUAAUUGUUUUCGGUAUCGUCAUAGCAUUGAUUUUGAUCAUGUUUAUGUCUAUAUGUCGUGGCAUCAGUUGCUUACAUUAG